UUCACAGCAAAAGAUCAGCCAUGGCUAGAAGGAAACGAGGCCGAAGCAGCAACAACAACCAGCACAGAGAGACUCCACAGAACCGCAGAGGAGGAGGAGGAGGAGUAGGAGGACGAGGCCCACGCAAGGCUCUGCGAGAACCAGCACCGUUUGCAAGACAAACAGGUUAUGAGACAGGGAUCCCACAUGAAAAGCUGACUAUUGCUCAAGCACGGAAGGGAACCCCAGCUCAACGGCCGGUGAGAGUUUAUGCUGAUGGCAUCUUUGAUCUCUUCCAUUCGGGACAUGCUCGGGCCCUGAUGCAAGCCAAAAAUGUUUUCCCAAAUACUUACCUGAUAGUUGGAGUGUGCAGUGAUGAACUCACCCACAAGUUGAAGGGCUACACUGUAAUGACAGAGGGCGAGCGCUACGAAGCACUCAGGCACUGUCGUUACGUUGACGAGGUGGUGCGAGAUGCUCCUUGGACACUUACCCCAGAGUUUCUCAAGAAACACAAGAUUGACUUUGUGGCCCAUGAUGACAUUCCUUACACAUCUGCUGGGUCAGAGGACGUUUAUAAGGACAUCAAAGAAGCAGGGAUGUUUGUGGCCACUCAGAGGACAGAGGGCAUCUCCACCUCUGAUGUGAUCACUCGAAUUGUCCGGGACUACGACAUCUACGUCCGCCGCAACCUGCAGAGAGGAUACACAGCCCGUGAACUCAACGUGGGGUUUAUUAAGGAGAAUAAGUAUCGGCUUCAGAAUCAGGUGGAUAAGAUGAAAGAGACUGUGCGAACGGUGGAGGAGAAGUCAAAGCACUUUGUGAACAGGGUGGAGGAGAAGAGCCAGGACCUGAUCCACAAAUGGGAGGAGAAGUCGCGGGAAUUCAUUGGCAACUUCCUGGAGCUUUUUGGACCAGAUAGUACAUGGCAUGCCAUCCAGGAGCGCAGUGGCCGCAUGCUCCAGGCCCUGUCACCCUACUCCUCACCGCGCGGAUCGCCCAGCAGCAGUCCGACCAGAAGACGUUCAGUUUCACCUGACUCAUUCCCGCCCACUGGCUCUCCUCCUUCCUCCCCAUCUCACCCCAAAAAGAGGAACCGCCCUUCUAACAAAGCGGCCUCUGGGUAUUAGUUAUUAUUCUGGGACAUACUGUGUCUGAAAUGUGGAAUGUGUACAGAUUGAGUCCCUUAAUUUAUUAUUAGUGUGCUAAAUUGCUAGUGAGAUUUCAUAUUGUACAUGAUAAAAAAAUCCAAACCAAAAUGCUAUUUUUUGCUUACUUGGAUCCAUUUGCCUUUUGUCAUUCAUCUUUGAUUUAAAGGAGGGAUAUUACGCAAAAUUGACUUAUUUGAGUUUGACAUCAUGUUAUAAUGUUACUCCCUCAUCAUAAACAUACCUGAAUUUAAUUUUUUCAUAUAUAAUUUAGAAAUCUCUACUCUGGCAGCCAUUCAGAGGUGCUUAAACGUUAGCUCAUACAAAGCUAUUUCCACAAAACUCUUCCUUGGAGCUGAGCUUCGACUCACAGAGCACUCCUCCCUCAAGCCGUCCCCACACAGUUCCACCAGACCUCUAGCUGCUGGCCUUAUCAUGUGAACUAUUUCUCAGUCCAAAGCUAAGAACUGUUGAAAAUAACUUAAAGGAACAUUGUUUUGAUGCCGUGCUGACAGCAGAGUAUUAGAAAAAGUGAGCUUCUUAAAGAGAAAGGCCAGUUUCAAUGUAGCAAGUCAAAUUUCUUUGAAGUUGUGUUUGAUAUGUUGACAUUUUUUUAUAACAACUUGUGGCAACAGUUACUUGAUUAUGCUUUAAAAUCGCACCAUGUGUCUGGAAAAACACAUAAUAUCCUCUUCCUCGAAAAGCUCUAGCAACUUCUUUCUAAUAG